UUUAUGUCUUCCUGGUAACAUCGAAGCUGAGAAGGAGAUAAAGAAAUUGAAUUGUUAAAACAAGGUUACUCCCCACCCUCCUACUGGGGCACCAAGACCAAACAUGGGGGCUUUUAGAACCACRAUGUACAGGAGGGACUUUAAGAGAAUCCAAGCAAAAAAAGCUGAAGCAUUGCAAUCAUCUCCUGGUAAAGAACCCAUGAAGAUGGAAAUGGGACACCACAUGGUGGUGCCUCCUAUCAAGAAAAAGAGACCAGAGGUACUAGAUAACAAGGGGCCAGUAGAUAGGGAGGAUUUAGGGACUGCAGAUGCUGGACUAAUCCCAGGAGCAAUGCAGGAAAUGGUUGGAAUGCAACAGGAGGAAAAGGCUCCGUCAUUGUCUUCACUGAACACAACUAAAGAUGUAGAUAUUUUGUCCGAAUUCUCUGUUCACAUSAAGAACAGUAGACCAGGAUCACAUAACUCAUUAUCAUCAUCAUCAUCAUUCUUAUCACAAACAAGUGUGUUAAAGCCAGAAAAGGAUUUGAAGUACUAUAAACCAGCACCACCUAAGCRUUUGGGGCUUCCAGAUGAUGAUAGCUUUCUUGGUCUUGACAUCAUGGAUGUAAUCAAGAAACUACGCCAUAGACUGAACAUGAGUACAGACCUUGAUGCAAUAGCUAGUGGCAUAGAUAUCGACAAUGAUGAAAACAACCUUCUUAGAUUGUACAUAAAGAAAGACGAUGGAAGAUUUCUCUACUGUCUACCUAAGAAUAGAGGUGUGAGGGCCGCUAGAUACAAUCCUUAUGACCUUGAGUGUGUAACAUCAUCAGAGGCCAAGGCUCACCCCRUGUAUUUUACUGUUACUUCUUCUGCUGUCACUCAGGUGAGUGAUGGUCAGAGCACAGAAUUGACUCUAAUGGAAAGAUGGCUGUAUGAAAGACGAGUCUUCAGCAGGAUCAAAGAUAUACCAACUUUUAGACAAUUCAGGAUGUGGAAAGGCUUCACCUGCUGGAAGGUGAAUGUCCGAUUCACGAAGAACAAAGGAAGCAAACUCGAGGUUGGAAAAGUUCUGUUCACMAACAAUGAAAUUAUCCAGAAGGGCAUUCUUGAUGUGAGAGAGUURUGUGAGAAGGCAUCCAGUAGCUUGACAGGGAUAGGAACAGGUGAUGAUGCUAUCUCUUUACUAUGUGUACAACCUGCGGUAACAUACACAUUGGAGGAGUUUUGCAAGACACAGGAGGAACAUAUGGAUAAAGCAAGGGAGAAACUGUUGGCGCUAAGGAAAAAUGUAGUGGGAAUUGUGAAACAUGUCUGUGAGAAAGUUGCAGAAAUGGAAGGUCUUGCAGACUGGAUUCACCCAGAACGAGCUCAAGCCGUCCAAGAACGCAACGUCAUCAAGACUCUGAAAGAAAUAAAGGACCAACCUAAAGAUAAAGAGACAGGAAAAGACGGCAAGCCCAGCUUUACUCAGAUGUCACAAUGGAGAACCAUACUGCGUCGUAUAACGUGUUUUAUUCGCCUGGUUGAUUUCUUGCUGAUGGAACUCCUUCGUCGAUUAGUUCUGGUCGGGCUACGUACUCUAGCAGCUCAGGUCAAAUCAUCGUGUACUUGUGGGRACAUUGUGUAUUUGAGUCUCAUGGAAACUACGGAAGAGGAACAAAGAGAAUUGUUGUUAAAGAAGACAGAUAUCAUCCUGGACAGUCUCGAGCCGGAUGACUUGAAGGCUCAAGCUCUGCUUCGAGUUGCACUCGUAUUGAAUGUGCCGUUUGAUACGGUUACCUUACCAAAAGACACUAUAAAGAAGACAGUGUCAUUCCAAGACGUCCCUGGUGAUGGUGAUACUACUGAUGAUGAUGCUGUUAGCACGAGUACAGAACAAGGAAGCACCGUCACGACCAGAUCACAUCGCUCAUCAGUAUCACAACACUCUAAGUCAUAUACUACUAUGAGUCCUACUCAAGAGGAAAUUGAAAACGGUGUACUUGGUGUGAUCCAAUGCUUUGAACGCACGGUGGGAGCAUUCCAAAGCCUGGUGCGAGACAAAGAACUAUCAGUCUUUASCAGUCCUCCCAAGAGCGACGUGGUGUUUGCCUUGUCACGUGAUAUGGAAGAGGAGGAAAAGGCCAGUAAGAUACCAUGGCCUGAUACUGAUUUACUGUUCGGUGAAGACCCUGACUAUCAGAACAAUGUUGUACAAAUUGUUGAGUUUGUUAGRAAAGACUCUGAAAACGUCUUGAAUUAUGCCCAGAAAUUCGAACAAUUCUGUACAAUGGUCGAUAGAUCAAGGAAGGUGAACGUUGAAGCAUCCCUCAAGGAACGUGAAUGGAAAGCCGAGGAGUUUAAC